AUCCCCUUUCCUCCUUCGGCCUUUCUCGCUCCUCCCAGAAACCGCACGUGCUGCCGCCCUAUCCGAUGCGCCGCCGCCUCGUUGCCAAAGCCGCCGCACACCGCUGCCUUGCGCCGCCGCACACCACCACCGCCUCCCGCCGCCGUCCAGUGCCUGCGCCGACCUGCGAGGAGCCGUCGCGCCGCCGGACCUUGGGGAGCCGCUGGCCCCGCAAGAGGCUGCCGCACCGCCUUGGAGCGCCGCCGCUGAAGACCUGCACCGGUUCCUCGCCGAGAACCGCUGCAGCCGCCGCCGCAAGCUCCUGCUCGAGCUCCGACGGACGCCGCCGAGUACCACGCCGCCACGCACCGCCUGCAAGGAUGCGCCUCCAGCCGCCCGUGACCUCACCGCCCAAACCACCUCCGCCUCUGUGAAAAUCGGAGCGCUGUCAGCCUGUCACCAGUUUCCUGCCAAUUAUCGGAUCAAAAACGAAUGAUCUAGUGCUCCUCACCGUUCGUUGAGUCCCUGUCUGGGUGUCGCCGCUGUACCUGCAUGGUCCCUUGCACUUGAUGGCUCUGAUGCCAGUGCAGAGUACACACAGAUUUGAAGAGGUAAUUGACAUAGCAGCUCAAGGCAUGCACGAAGCAUGUCGCACGAUGAAAUUAACCAUGUAUGCUAAUAUGUUAUCGCCCUCCAGAUGUAGUUAGCUGAGACAGAGAAGGCACCACAUAGAUCAUUUGGAGCAAGAGAGUACAUGAUUAAUGGAACUACUGCAACAGAGAGUUUUAUUUUCUGGAAACUACUGCAAAAGGGAGUUUUGAAUUAUCCCAACACUCCAACUGUCCAAGUUCCAACAGAAUCAAAGCCAAUUCUUUAAUUGUAUAUACUCCGCGGUCGAGCUAAUUGAUCCAUCGAUCCAUAGCCAUUUUUCUGUGAAGCCAAGGAGCCCGCUAUUAAUAGCAACGGCAGGCCAUCAUCCUCUCUGCCCCUCGACACCCACACCCCUCUCGGCCUCUGCUCGUCGUGUGCACGCACAGUGCACCGCGUGUCCGCGCCAUGAAGCAGCGGCAUGCCACCGCCACCGCCUCGGCGCUCUUCGCGCUGCUCCCGCUGUCGCUGCUGCUCUUCCGGCUGCUCGUCCUCCUCGUGCGGCUCCGCCUCGCCGCCUUCCGCGACGCCGCGCUGUCCCUCCACUUCCUCGCCCGCCUCCGCAUCCGCCCCGUCCACCUCCGCCUCCCGGGCACCGACGCCACCACGGUCCGCGUCUGGUGCCCCGCGGCGCCGUCCGCCAAGCCGCCGCUGCUCCUCCUCCACGGCUUCGGCGGUGACUCCAAGUGGACGUGGGCGCGCAACCUCCCGGCGCUGUCGCGCCACUUCCACGUCUACGCGCCCGACCUCCUCUUCUUCGGCGCGCACUCCCGAUCCGCCUCGCCGCUCCGCACCGUCGCGUUCCAGGCCCGGUGCGCCGCCGAGGCCAUGCGGCUCCUCGGCGUCGACCGCUACGACGUGGUCGGGAUCAGCUACGGCGGGUUCGUGGCGUACCGGCUGGCCGCCGUGGAGGGCAGGGACCGGGUGCCGAGGGUGGUGGUGAUGACCAGCGGCGUGGCGGCGACGCCGGGGGAGAUGAGGGAGAUGGCGGCGCGGGAGGAGAGGGCCGUCGAGGAGUCGCUGCUCCCGGAGACCGCCGACGGGCUGCGCCGCCUCGUCCGCCGGUCCAUGCACCGCCCGCCGCCAUGGAUGCCCGACUUCGUGCUCGACGAUUUCAUCAAGUUGAUGUGCGUGGUUCAGAGGAAGGAGAGGGCCGAGCUGCUACACGAGCUUCUCAAGAACGGAGCUGGCAUCGAUCCCCUCCCCGUUCUCACUCAGAAAACGUUGAUUCUGUGGGGUGACAAGGACCAGGUGUUCCCGUUGGAUCUCGGCCACAGACUGCAAAGGCAUCUGGGAGACGUGUCACGGCUAGAGAUCAUCAAGGACGCAGGGCACGCGUUGCAGUUGGAGGGAGCCGACCAAGUGAACCGCUUCAUCAAGUCUUUCCUCCUGGACUCGUGAAAUGGGCCGGAAGUUGGGAGUGGCCCAGUACUAGAGCCCUGCUAAGAAGUACUAGAAGCAGGAGCUCUCGGAAAGGCCCAAACCAAUCCAACUGUAACCCGGAUUUGCCCUCUAUCCUCAGAUGCCGAUAGUGUAAUGACCCUAUUUGGGAUGUAAAAAAUAUAUACCGUGAACUAUUGAUUAAUUGUCAAAUAUGAAAUCUCCCAAUAAAAAAAUGUGAUGCUCACGGACUCUGUUUUUUC